GUGGAGCCUAGGGUGUCGCCGCGGUGGCUCCCAUUCGAAGGCGACGGCGGUUCGUCUGUAUUUCGGUUUCUAAUCUCUCCCUGAACAAACAAAAAAAAAAGAAAGAAAGAAAGAAGCGAAAUAACUCCGAAGAGACAGCGAAUUUGACUUUAACGGUUUUUUUUUUACAAAGUUCUUCUCGGUCGAGGUAGUGGAAGCAGAAAGGGUAUGACGGGGUGUGCCGAGAAUUUGAAUUAGCUCACCGUUAGUUUGAAGAAAGAGAGAGAGAGAGAGAGAGGAGAGAGAGAGAGAGAGAGAGAGAAAGAGAGAGAGGAGAGAGAAAGAGAGAGAGGUAGAGAGACAGUGAGUAGAGAGAGAGAGGUAGAGAGAGGUAGAGAGACAGAGUGAGUAGAGAGAGAGAGAGAGAGAGAAGCCAUUUUGUCCCGACUGUGUGGGAGAAAAGAAAGAGUGGAAAAGAGGAAUCACACGGGAGGAAGAUCCUAUUUUUUUGCUUUCUGUUGUCGUUGCUGUGAAAGGGGAAGGGGGGGAAACGAUCCGGCUCGGGAGUAACGAACAAUAAUAACUUCUUCUCGGACACGGGUUGGUAUCUUAGCACAGCUAGCUCACGAAGCUAAUCAACAAAUCCCAGACUGUAAACCGCUAACAGGGGCAGUCGGUCGGUCGAGCUGGCUUUAGGCUUCACAUAGGCGUGUUUAGGUUACUGUUUUUUUUUUUGUUUGUUUGUUUUUUUUGUUUUUUGUUGUUGUAUCUGCCUGGUUUUGGGUCACAAGCUGCUUUUUUCAAUGGCGAAGAAGACGUACGACUUGCUGUUCAAGCUGCUGCUGAUCGGAGACUCGGGCGUGGGGAAGACCUGUGUGCUGUUCCGCUUCUCAGACGACGCCUUCAACACAACCUUCAUCUCCACCAUAGGAAUAGACUUCAAGAUCAAAACUGUUGAAUUACAAGGAAAGAAGAUCAAACUACAGAUCUGGGACACAGCGGGCCAGGAGAGGUUCCACACCAUCACCACCUCCUACUACAGAGGAGCCAUGGGCAUCAUGUUGGUCUACGACAUCACCAACGCCAAGAGCUUCGAAAACAUCAGCAAAUGGCUGCGUAACAUUGACGAGCAUGCAAAUGAAGACGUGGAGAGGAUGCUGCUAGGCAACAAGUGUGACAUGGAGGACAAGAGGGUUGUCCCAAAAGCCAAGGGAGAGCAGAUCGCGAGGGAGCACGGCAUUAGGUUUUUUGAGACGAGCGCUAAGGCCAACAUCAACAUCGAGAAGGCUUUCCUCACGUUAGCAGAAGACAUCCUGAGAAAGACGCCUGUAAAAGAGCCCAACAGUGAAAACGUCGACAUCAGCGGUGGAAGUGGAGUCCCAGGCUGGAAGAACAAGUGCUGCAGUUGAACUACUCCUCUGUUUCACUCACACUAACGCACACACACACAGACACACACAGACACACACAUGCACACACACUCUGACACAUACUCUCUCUCUCUCUAACUGCUAACUCUAACUCUCUCUCUCGCUCUCUAACCUGUCUCAUGAGUUUUCUUGCACACUGACACUCUCUGUCUGUCUCUUUAUCAGAAUAAAAACAAUAAACCACUUCACUUGUCUAACCCCCCUCCCUCCCUCCCUCCCUUCUUCUCCUCCCACACCCACCCAUAUUCUUCCAAUCCUUCCAUCUGAUGAUCAUUUUUAUUUCUGAUAAAAAGAGAAAUCCAGUCACGUUUCUUGUCAUUUGUUUUAAAGGUUGUAAAAAAAAAAAAGAAGAAAAACAGAAAAAAAAGAAAAGACAAGCUCAUAUUUUUAAUAUUUCCUUUGCCUGAGCUCACCUUGUUGGACAGCCUCACUGAACCCUUAAACCCCCCCCCCCCCCCCCCCAUUCCCCACCCCAGCCACAGCACUCACCUUCAAGUGGGAGGAAAUCAAACUCGAAGAAAAUCAAAGAAAAAAGACAAACGUAGGAUUAACAUUUUGUACACUUUAGUGGGGUUUCUGUUGUCUAACCGUAUUGGGUCAUUUACAAUUUGUUACAAAGUGACAGAGGCGUGGCUAGCUCCUUUUGUAUGUGGGGGUUUAUUUUGUCCUGUGCCUUAUAUGGAAGACAGGGGCGGGGCUGUGUGGUGGGCGGAGCCACAUCCACCCAAUGAAAUUACAGUUCAAUAUUCUGUCGGCUCAGGCUCCCGAUGUCGAGGAAGCUGAGCCGAAGCAGAAGCGUUUGAAUUUCUCCUCCAGCCAAGAGAAUGGCAUUAUACAGUAUGUCCUGUUUAUUGAUGUUUUAUUUUUAUCUGUAUGAUUUAUUUUUCUUUCAUUUUAUUUUAUUUUAUUUUUUUUCCCCUCUUUGGGUUUUUUUGUUUUGUUUUUUGUUUUUUUUUCCUGCAUGCAGAUUUCUGUGGGUUGGAAGCGUUUCUGUAACGUUGUGUAACGUUUGCCACUGGGUAACUGUGGGCGGGAGGUACAGAAGUUCUCUUUGGAAAUUCAAACAGUUUUGCAGAUCCAUUAAAAAUAAGCUUGUUUAAGUUAA